AUGGAGGCUUAUAUUACCUUGCCUAAAGGAACAUACUUGGUUGAUAUCAGAUACGCACCAAAGGAAAAUUGUGGAACUGCCGCCAUAGGGUACCCAAAGACUCAGCUGCACAACCAGAAUGACAUGCUCGAACGGCGAGUCAACACUGCUAUCUGGCCAAACUCUCAAAACCGACACCAACUCAUAGGCCAAGUUCCAACCGUAACCUGCUUAGAUCUCGUUCCAGAAAUGUGCGGUUGCACGUGCAGCGAUGGCGCCAUGUUCAGCCACGAGCGACCUUCACAUUUGGGACCAUCCCCUAUCCCGCCACCACCACCAUCUGUUUUCGAACCACCCCACCAGCUCACGAAAAAGCCAUGCACUGAACAAACACUCCAGUCUUGGAAGCCAGUCGUAGUCAAUCGUAAGCCGUACACAGGCACAGAUCCAGGCUUAGUAAAUGUAUCAUUUGAGGCGCCGGAAGACGGUGUGCUUGUGAUAUCGGAUUCACAUGGCCGCUGCGAGCACUUUGAAGUAUACAUUGACGAUCAGCUGAUAGGAGAGACAUCUGGAACUGGUCCUCUUGACUUCUCUCAAUGCGGACUUCCAGAUGAAUGUAUGGAGAAAAAUGGGGGCCAACAUGGAUACUUUGCCCUUCCUAGGAGUAAUUACAAGCUUGGGCUCAAGUGGACCAAGGUUACACCUGAAUGCGAUAGAUCUUCGAGUGGAGAAGGCCACUAUAAAUUUCACCGUAGAUGCUAG